AUGACGUCCCGGCCAUUUGGUCGCUGCCGCUGGUACUGCCGCCUCCUGGGCCGCCUCUGCGCCUUGGCGCUGCUGCUCGAGGCAGCUCGCCAGGCCUACGAGAUCCGGCUCUGGGCCAUCAAAGACUAUGGCCCGGUGAUCCACGAGUUUGAUCCGUGGUUCAACUAUCGAGCCACUGAGUACUUGGCAACGCAGGGGUGGAACAAGUUCUUUACCUGGUUCGAUCAUCAGUCCUGGUAUCCCUUGGGCCGGCCAGUGGCAACGACCAUCUACCCGGGAAUGCAGAUCACGGCUGUCGCUCUGUGGCAGCUGCUGCAGCAUACCUGGACGCUGAACGAGGUGUGCUGCUACAUGCCAGCCUGGUUCGGGGCAGCGGCCUCAGUGCUGGGUGGCCUGCUAGCGGCGGAGUGCUCGGGCUCUUUGAGCGCCGGGGUGGUGGGGGCCUUUUGCAUGGCCUUGGUGCCUGCGCACCUCUCCCGGUCCGUGGGGGGAGGCUUCGACAACGAGUCCGUGGCCAUCUCCCCCCUCUGCUGCGCCUUUUGGCUGUGGUGCCGGAGCCUUCGCAGCCGGCGCUCCUGGCCGGUGGCGGCGGGCGCUGGGCUCGCGUAUGGCUACAUGGCGGCGUGCUGGGGUGGCUACAUUUUUGUGCUGAACAUGGUGGGCCUGCACGCGGCAGUGCUCAUGCUGCUGGGCAGCCGGGGCAACCUCUACGCUGCCUACUCGCUGUUCUUCGUGGUGGGGACGUUCAGCGCCAUGCAGGUGCCCAUGGUGGGCUGGGCACCCCUGCGAUCCACGGAGCAGCUGGGGCCGCUGGGGGUGUUCCUGGCGCUGCAGUUGCUUCAGGCCUACAAAGUCCUGGCCGCCCGCUUUGGUCCGCAGCUCCCGGCGGUCUUGGCGGCGCUGGGGGCGCUGGCAGUCUUGGUGGUUGCCCUCCUGGACCCGUCAGGCCUCUUCAGCCCCUUCUCGGUGCGGGUGAGGGCCCUCUUCGUGAAGCACACGAAGACGGGGAACCCCUUGGUGGACUCGGUGGCGGAGCACCAACCUGGGAGCCCAGACGCCUACUGGAACUACCUAGGCCAGCUGUGCUACGUGGCACCUCUGGGCCUUUUGGUUCUGGUGCAGCAGGCGGCCACUGGCACCCGCAGAGAUGCUGGGAUCUUCCUGCUGCUGCUGGCAGCGGUGGCUUACUUCUUCGCCUCAAAGAUGAAGCGGCUCAUCAUCCUCCUGGCACUGCCCGGGUCGGCCCUCACCGGCAGCUUCCUGGGCCGAGCCUUCGACUGCGCCGUGGCGGCCAUCGACCCGGACCAAUCGAAGGCGCCUUUCAGCAGCCCAGUGCGUUUGGCCAAAGUGACGGCGCUGGGAUCGCUGGCCUUGGCGCUGCGACCGCGGGUGGAGGAGUUCCUAGACUUUUGCCACGACAAGGCGCGAUGGAGCUUGUCUCACCCGCAGAUAGUCACGAAGGCCAGGAAUGGUGCGCUGAUUGACGACUACCGGCAGGCGUAUGUCUGGCUGAGGGAGAACACGCCGGAGGACGCUCGCAUCAUGGCCUGGUGGGACUAUGGGUACCAGAUCGCAGGCAUUGCAAACCGCACCACACUGGCGGACGGCAACACUUGGAACCAUGAACACAUCGCCUUGCUGGGUCUGUGCCUGUCAUCUCCCAUCCCGGAGGCGCACAAGAUUGCGAGGCACCUGGCGGAUUAUGUGCUGGUCUGGGCGGGCGGGGGUGGGAAGGAUGACGUGGGGAAGUCAAAGCACAUGGCGCGCAUCGCCAAUUCGGUGUACCCUGGGCACUGCGCGGAAGAGGACUGCGACGACUAUGGGGUCUUCCCAGACGGCAAGCCCAGCCAGAUGAUGGGGCAGUCAUUGGUGUACAGCUUGUGCCGCGCCAAGUUGGAGGGACAAUUCUUCCAGGAGGUCUACGUGAGCGCCAACCGGCGGGUGCGCAUCGCGCGGGUGCUGGAGGUGUCGUCUGGCUCCCGCGCCUGGGCGGGGGAUCCCCGGAAUCGGCGCUGCGACGCGGGCGGCUGGUUCUGCCCGGGGCAGUACCCGCCGGAGCUCCUGGAGCUGUUCAACAACAAGACCACGGCCCAAGAGGCUUUGGAGUACCAGGAGGCCUACGAAGAGCGGUGCCAGCGGCAGCAGGCCAGCAAGCCCGCGCCCAAUGGGCCCAACCUGCCGGAGGGAAGUUACCUAGACUCCUGCCGCGGCUGCUCGCUGGAGCCUCGCCCCGCUUCGGCUGGGCGCCUGGUCUGCAGCCAUUGCCGGCUGCCGGGCUCGCCCUCCAUGCCCUCCUGGCUUGACCUGGAUGAGUGCCCGCUUCACGUCAACAACAUCCAGGGGAGGUUGGAGUGCGAGCCCAAGCCCAAUGAGCCAGACAUCCCGGAAGGCGGGUACCGCCAGUCCUGCCGCGGCUGCAGCUCCGCGGAGGGGGUUCUGCGGUGCAGCCACUGCGCCACCGCCGGGGGCCGCAACCGUCGCAGCGCCUUCGAGCUGCGGCGCUGCCCCGAGCCCGGGAUGCUGGAGAACCAGGACGGGGUGCUCAGCUGCCGGGGCUUGAUCCACUCGGCGGAGGUGCCGGAGGGCAAGUACCUAGCAUCCUGUCAGGGCUGCAAGGUGUCUGCGGAGCUGGUGGUGUGCGCUCUCUGCUCCAAGGCCGACGGGCGCCAGGUGGAAGCCUCUUCUCCACCCUGCGAGGGAGAGCUCGAGAACCAGGAUGGGACGCUGGUGUGUGCAGGCGGCCUCGAUGGGCCAUACAGAAGGAGCUGUGGGGAGUGCAGGCAGCAAAAGGAUGAGCUCAGCUGCAGUUGCUCUCAAUCCUCCGGCCAGCAGCGUCGCUCCUCUUACCAGGUCUCCCGGUGCAAGGCACCAGCGGAGCUGCACAACGUUGAGGGCAGGCUGACGUGCCUAGGGGUCCCGAAUGCGGAGCACCUGCCCGGCGGCGAGUACCAGCAGAGCUGCCAGGGCUGCCGGGUGUCCCAGGGCUCCCCGGCGGUGCUGGCCUGCAGCCACUGCCUCAGCGAGGAUGGCCGGCAGCUGGAGAGUGCGCUGCCGCUCCAGGACUGUUUGGCCAACCGGAUGAGGCUGCAGAACCUCAACGGCGCGCUGGUUUGCAGAGAGAAAACCGACCGAGAACCGCGGCAAGGGCACCGGGAGAUCCACACGUGUCCACAAGGAGUCCGCAAGCAGCGCACAGCACAUUGUGUUUCUUGCCAGGGCACUUGA